UUUGUGGGAAUUGAAAAAUCAGAGGUGAUAAGGGACAUCAUCGACAGCAUGGCUUCCCCAAAGAUCUUCACUCUAUUCGUCCUCUUGGUUGUUAUCGGUGCGACUCUUGCACGGCCCGGAUACCUCGGUGGGUAUGGGUAUGGAGGCUAUGGGCACGGGCUAGGGUACUACGGCUACAGAUAUCCAUUCUACGGCGGGUAUGGGCAUGGCUAUGGUGGAUACUAUGGAUACCCUUUCUUCGGCCACGGCUACGGAUACUACGGUCACUAUCUGUGAAACACAGGCUGCACGGCUUUGGACACUACUUCUGACGAGACUCGACGAAUGCUGACUCAACCGACAUGCACAGAUUUUCGAUA